UUUUUUUUUUUUCGAGACCAUGGCCCAAUGUAAAUGAAACUGCCCCAAUUGACAAUCGUAUCUUGUACGCUACCAAAAGCAACUCCUUUUAUUUUAUUUUAUUUUAACUUGGGGAACAAAAAAAUAAAAAUAAAAAAGAGCAACUUUUUUACGCGGCAUUGAUUUCAAAACUACGCGGUGCUUUAUAGCGCCAAAUUUCCCGCCCACACUACACCCCCACAACACCGACCUUAUUAUAUAGGAAUAAAAGAUUCUAUAUAUAGUAUAAUCGUUUGACAAAGGCAAGAAUUCACUCUUCGUCGAAGUUCUCGAAAAAAAAGUUGUAGCCCUAGUUCUCGAAAAACCAGUUGUAGCCUUAGUUCUCGGAAAAUUCUACUGUAACAGGCUUAGUUCUCGAAUCUACACCGAUUUGAAGAACCGCCAGUCCCUGUUCUUGACCAGUUGACGUCGUGGGCAAAAGAAGCUUACUGGUCGAUGGGUGGUCUCAGCUUCAAGCGCCAUCCCCUCCAAGGGCGGAUGGAGGGCCGUAUCAGAAAACUCCAAACCGAGCGCGAGACAUUCCUCAAGAAAACAAAGCAAACCUCCUCUUCUGCCGAUCAGACCAGCACAUCCAUCAAGUGUUCAUCCGAUCAAGACGUGAGCUCGUCCCCGCCUCCUGCUCCGAUCUCCAUGAAGCGGAGACAAUUCAUGGCUUUGGUUGACAAAGUCGAUGAUGAGGAGUUGGGUGUUGGGCGGAGAUUGGCCAGGAGGCUUGAGGGAGAAUUUGAACGGGUGGCGGCGGAGACUGGUUUGGGGGAAACCAAGGGAAGUCCGGCUUCGAAUGAUAGAUCAAAGGUGAAUUUGGUUGAGGAAGUGAAACAUUCAAAGAGCAAGAAGUUGGAGAAGGGUAGUUCAAAAACUAGAGGGAGUGGUGGUUCGAGUGUGACCCAGUGUUCAUCUUUCGAGCGGAGGCAAUUCACGGCUAGACGAUGACGAGGAUGUGGGUGUUGGGAGGAGAUUGGCGAGGAAGCUUGAAGAUGAAUUCAAACAGGUGGUGUGGGAAAAAGCAGAGGAAGUCACUCAUGGGUUGAAUAUGGUGGAUUUGGUUGGGGACGUCAUAGGGAAUCAAAGGAUAUGAGCAAGAAGGGUAGUGCAACCAGAAGAAUUGGAGAGAAUGGUGGUUCAAGUGGGACUGGUACUUCUUCGAGUUGGGCAAACCGUGGCUCCAUUAGAGGUUUUCGAUGAAUGGUAUUUGUUUUUUUAUAGUUUAUAUAUAUAGGGUUUCUUUUGUUAAUUUCUUCUCCAUUUUGAUUUUAUCUGUAGUUCAUGUUUUAUGCAAUUCGUGACGGAAGUGAUUGAAAAUUUUUGUUUGAAAUUUUGCUUCUAUCAGACCCAAUAUUUUCCUGAUUUAAGAAUGAGAGAUCAAUUAUGUAGCUUCUUGUUCUAGUGGAAGUCCAGUCGUGACCCAUUAGUGUUGAAUUGUGAUCGUGGCACCUUGUUUGUUGUACGAGGUGGGUCUCACUGUGACUUUCACCAUUCAUUUUGGUAAUGCUAUCAUCUAAUUUUUAGCUUUAAUGCUUUAUUUGUGAAGAAUAAAUAAGUAAGAUGAUAGGCCAUGAGAAAUAAUAUAGAGGGUAUUAAUAAAUGAUUGAUUGUAAAAAUCAAAAUUGAUAAUAAAUAUGAGAUUAAAGGAAGGGAGUAAAUAAGUUCAAGAAAAAGGCUUUUUUUUUUUUUUUUUUUUUUUUUGGGUAUGUAAAAAGGAGACUUCUAAUUGCAGAGAUGUUGAGCUUAUUAUGUUGAAGUUGCCUUUGAGGGAAUCUGCAGGGGAGGAUCAGAUUGUUUGGGGGUCCUAAUUCGAAUGGUUUGUUCUCUGUUAAGAUUGUAUGUCGAUUAGCUUUGACUAGCCUAGAUAAUAAGCUUUCAGUGAAUGAUGCUGAAGGUUCCAGUUUGUGGAGAGGAAGGA